AUUAGCGCUAGAUUAAAUGUGGUGAUCUGGUUUUCUGCUGUUGAUUAUGUCUGUCUUCCUGAUGUCUACUUUCACUUUGUUCAGUAAUAUCCCGGAAGAGCACAGUGAAGAAGGAGUUAUGUUACACGGGAAGUUGUCUUCAGGAAUUGAGGAACUAUGGCUACAGCAGCGAGUCUGAGUGUUAUUAAAUCAGCAGAUCUGAUCAGGAGAGAGCCUCUGGAUUAUGGAGGGUUUGGGGAAGUGUACCUGUGUUACCACAAAACCCUGGGAAAGGUGGUGCAGAAGACGGUCUACACCGGACCCCCGCGCAACAGGCAUCAGAAGCAGUCUCUCCUGGACGAAGGCAGUCUGAUGAGCAGGUUAAGUCAUCAGAGAGUGGUCAAGCUGCUGGGGGUUAUUCUGGAGGACGGAGACUAUUCUUUAGUCAUGGAGCUGAUUCCUAAAGGAAACCUGCUCACCAUGCUGGAGACGGUGCCUGUUCCAGUGUCUGUGAAAGGAAGGAUCAUUCUGGAGAUCCUGGAGGGAAUGGUUUAUCUCACGGGGAACCACGUCAUCCACAAAGACCUCAAACCAGAGAACAUCCUGGUGGACAAGAACUUCCACAUCAAAAUCGCAGAUCUGGGUCUGGCCACGUCUCAGGUGUGGAGCGAGCUGACGAAAGAGGAGUCUCGCAGACAGAGUCGUCUGGGCAAGAAGUCAUGUGCGCGCGCCGCAGGGACGCUGUGCUACAUGGCUCCUGAGCACCUGAAGAGCAUCAACACACGCUCCAGCGAGAAAUCGGACGUCUACAGCUUCGCCAUCGUGGUGUGGGUCAUCCUCAGCGGCCGCAAGCCCUACGAGAAUGCCAGGAGUGAAGAUCAGAUCUGUCACUGUGUGUGUGAGGGCGAGCGUCCCGAUGAAGACCUGAUCCAGCCAGACACUCCUCAAGACCUCAUCCAGCUCAUGAAGACCUGCUGGAAGGAAGACCCUCGGCACCGGCCCACAUUUAAAGAUAGCUUUGAAUCGCUUUUACCUUUUUACCAGGAGAAGCUGGCAGCAAAUGUAAAAGUGGAUUUGGAGAGUCUGACGAGAUCGUAUGAGGGCCCAGAGGAGAUGCUAGAAAAGCUGAAGUCCAUCACUCCUGAAGACGCUCCGCCGUGUUCCAGAGACUCUCCAGGGCCCUUGAGGAGCUCAGACAUCGGUCCGGUGGAGGCUGGCAUUGAAGACCUCAGCUUCAGGACCGCUGAAGAGUCUCAGCCAGACGCCAGCAUUUAUAACCCGCUCCCGCAGCAGCCGGCCAGCAGCAGGUCGGCCGGAGAACCUUCUUCUGUCAAGUCUUGGACUAAACCCUCUGCUUACCCAAACCCAGACAGAGCAGAGGAGCUCCAUCGGAGGCCUGCAAGCCCUUUUGAUGGAUUGCACAGGCCAGAGUUGGCAAGUCAUCUCUCCAUGCCAAAUUCUGACUACAGCUCGGUCCAGCAUCCUCAUCAUCCGCCGUACACUCGCAUCAAGUCCUGUCCAGAUCCUGCAUCAUCUGACUCGGGGUCUAGGCCUGUGACCAUCUCGAAUGCCAGUGCCAUUCAAAUUGGAAAUCACAACACGAUGCAUGUGCAAGUGUCUGAUAACAGCUCCUUCAGCUCGUCAUCCACCGGACCCUUCAACAGAACCAGAAAUAAUGAGCUUCUGCUGAAGUACGAGGAGCACAAGGUCACUGAGAGCCACCUGGAGGUCGUGCGUCAGAGCGUGGGUAGAAACUGGAAGCAGGUGGCUCGUAAACUGGAGCUGACAGAUAAAGACGUGGACACUAUCGAGCACGACUACGAGCGCGACGGCUUGGCAGAGAAGGUGCACCAGAUGCUGGAGUGCUGGAAGAUGAAGGAGGGUCUGCUGGGCAUCACCGUGGGUAAACUGUGCCGUGCGCUGGAGGGCUGCAUCAAACCCACUGUCUUCCAGCAGUUGCUGCUGAUGUCUCAAGACGCCGCUGGAGGGCCUUGAAACGCCACCUUCUACUUGUGUCAUACUUACAUAACUACAUUGGGUAACGGGGCAUUUAUACAACUCUAACAACCUUUACAUUACAAAGACGUUCAGUAUUUUUGACAGCCUAACUUUCAUCACUGUAUCUGGGUGUUGGAUGCUACGGCAUAAUGAUUGUGAACAGAUCAUUGCACAGACAUAUGUGACCUGAGAGCACAAUUCCAGUAAUGGGAAAUCAUUAAUUUGCACGAAAACAUGAAAAUGCAAACUUGGGAUGUAAAAAUGGGAUUCAAAUGGCUCUUUUUUUGUAACUUUAGUUUACUCUCUGUAAACUAAAAAAACACAUAUUUGUGAAACCGGUGAGGUCAUGCACAUGCAUAUCACAUAUUUGUGACAUGACCAAAUAUUGGCCUGCCAUGGGUUUUUGGUCUAUUUCGCUGAUUCGCAUGAGCGGGGAUCAUGCUGACAACAUUUUUCUAAAAUGCAAAAGAAAACUCCUUUAAAGUGCCUUUUUUCCUGAUCUUGAUCAGCUGAAUCAGUCUUUAUAUUUCAGAAUCACUUGUCAGAUGCUUUCUAAGAUGCUUUAUGAUUUUCUUCUUUAAAAUGAAAUACUGACAUAUAGAUCAGUGACAGGAGUUUGCAUGUUCUUCCAAAGUAAGCUCCGGUCUCGCACAGUCCAGACACAUGCAGCUGUGAGAGUCAAUGUGCAUCUAUCCCACUGAAGCCUGAAUGCAUACGGAGUCGGGAAAUGGGGAAACCGGCUUAUAUAUCAUUCAGAAUGAGGUUUAGGGUAAUAGAAUAUAAAUCCACUGCCAAAUCCAGUGUGUAGUGAAAUGAGAUGAUUGUAAAGAUAUGAUCCAACAUAAAGUGUCUUUUAUGGUGUUGGGCCACCAGUGCACUUUGGCAUUUACUCUAAUUUCCUCAAACCAAAGGUUCUUUAUUGAUAAAGCUGGAUGGAUGGAUGGCUUUAUUGACAUAUACAUGGAUGUUUAAAACUUUCCAUUGAACAAAAGGUGCUUUAUAGUUAACGUAAGGUUCUUCAGAUUAUAAAAAAAGUUUUUUACAGCAAGAAAAUAAUGGUUUUCUUAAGACCAGAUCAGUGAAAAUGUUCUUUGGGGAUUCCAGAAUGGUUUUUCUGUGGCAUCACCAUGUUUAAAGCUUUAUUUAUUUUAUUCAUAUUUCACAUUUGGUGUUUUGAUGAUGAUUUUGUUGGAGUGCUGCUGUACCUCUGGUUUCAGAUCUGGUGAUUGUGAUCUGUGUGAAUGGGACACAAUCCCAUAAUAGAAAUGUUUCAUUGAUGCUUCUUCAAUCAGCUUUAUAUUGGUUUGCAGGGAACCAUACCAUUAUGUUAGUAGAAUUAUGGCCAAUAACAGCAACACUGUAAAAAACAUUCUGUAAAAUUUAUGGUAAAAACCGGCAGCUGUGGUUGUCUGAAUUCUACUGUAAAAAUUACGGUAACAUUUUAAUUUUUACGGUUUUAAAAAAUUUACAGUUAAAUACCGUAAUUUCAUUAACUGAUAUAAUGUUAAUAUACCAACCUACUGAAGUACAGAAAUCUGUUUUGUACCUUUGUAAUACCAUCAUGAUGAGACACAUUAAACUGAAAUAUGCAAUAAACAUUCAUUUAA